UCGAUUAAAUGGCGCCGUGUCUGUCCCAAAGUCGACAAAGAGACCUUCUCGUGGCAGUGGCAAGAAAAAUUGCACAAAAAGUCCCCCCAGAGCCCCAAUUUGUGUUUUAAAGUGUUUUGGGGUGCUGGAGGAGUACCACAUUGAGGUCAUCUGUACACGCGGACUGUGAUAGUGUGUCUCGUGUGGGUGAUAAAGUGCCGGAGAGUGGUUUGGGAUGAAUCAACGCAAUUCAAAGUCAUUUGAUGGGCAUUUUGACCCCCUGCGGCAGCAAAAUACACCCCAUCCGGACAACAUGAGAGCAGUUCAUCAUCCUCCGGGCCGAAGUGUUGCCCUGUCGGCCGAAGCGAAGGAGUUCAUUCCAAAAAAUAAAAUGGCAAAUGAUGUUGGGCAUCGCCAUCAGGGUCCCGGACAACACCAUUCACACCAUCCUCACAUGGCGCAUGCCUAUCAUCCGCAGCAGCAUCAUGGACAGAACUUCCACCAUCCGCCACCCCAGCAGAUCCCAUCGGCAUCGGGACGGCAAUUUCCUGCAUCGGCGAUCAAUCAUCCCUAUAUGCAUAUGCAGCAGCAGCAGCAGUUAGCUUUUAUGCGGCACCAGCAGCAGCAGCAUAUGAACCACCCUAUUGGGCUGUACACCGAGAUGCAACUGGCUCAGCAGAUGCAACGGGCCACGGUGCAGGAUCGACUCAAUUCCACACGGCAUCAGCCUAUCAUGCAGCAUCAUGUGCCACAUGCGGUGCACGAGGCACAGGGUGUGCAGAAUAACUUUGAGGGUGGGGGUGGGCCUGUCCAUGAGAAUCCACCCCAUGAAGAAACUGGCGCCCUCGAUAUGCUCUCCCACAUCAUCAAGCAACUCACCGAUCAGCCCGGAAUGUACGAGGAGGUUCAGGUUGAGAUCAAGGAGAUGUUUGCGGAUUUGAUGGGCAGUCGCUUUGUGAUGAGCAAUGCCGUAGAAUUGAUCUUCGAUCACAGCAUCAAUGAGUCCAAUUUUCGCUACAUGGGCGCUCGCCUAUGUCAGUUGUUGGAUAGCCUGAGCCUGCAGCAGAGCAAUGUGUUUCGCACAAUGCUGUGCCUCAAGAUGAACCACCAUAAGAUGGAGAUGGAGCGCUUCAUGCUCAAUGAGCAGCACAUAGUGCGUGGUACGACGCUCUUCCUCGCUGAGUUGUACAUCCAGAUGCAGAAUGAUGGAGCGCGCAUCGGCGAGAUAGGCGAGUGCAUCGUCAGCUCCAUGGCUCUCCUGCUUAACAAACAGGGGCCAGAGAAUGUCAAGUGUGUCUGCCAGUCUCUCAAGCUCUGCGGGUACGAGCUGGAGAUUGACUGUGGCGUUCUUCUGGUGGGAAUUGUCAAUACGCUGGCUCAGCUUGAAACAUCCGUGGACGUCUCGACGGGGCGACUCAUUCGUUCUGUGCUGGAUCUCAAGGCCAACCGGUGGGGACGUACUGCACCAAUUGCUGUGGCACCAAUUCAGGAGGUUAAUCACUAUGACUGCAACGAUUCACCCGUCUUCUACGGACCCGAUGGCCAAGUUCUCACGGAGGAGGAGAGUUCCUUCCUCUCCGCCCAGGCAUCAGCAUCGUAUCCCAAUAACAACAAUUUUGAGGAAUAUCUCGACAAUGACGGUGAUGAACUGGCUGACGCUGAGCCUGAGAUGGACUUGGAAAUUCAAUUGGCUUUCCGUGAAUUUGUCCAGACGCAGAAGAAGGCAUCAUCCCAGAUUAAAUAAGAGGUGUAAUCGCUGAGUGCAUAUGAGUAGCAAGAGGGAAGAGGAAGGACAGGAGAAAAAAAAUUGUUUGGCAGAAAGGCAGCCAACAACAAAAAAAAUCAAGAAUCCCUUCAUAAAAUUGCAUGCUUCUCUUUGAAGGGGGGUGGUUUUUCAGUUAAAGGACAUGAAAAAAGAGAGACUUUAUGAAAGAUCUUUAUCUCAAAGACACACGCAUAAGACAGUUUGCAAAAGUAAGGCAUAAAAUGUGAGAUUAUUGUUUUAGGUCUUUAUAUAAAAAAAUAGGAUGUGUAAAUGUUUUCUUGAUCAAUAUUUUUUUUUGUCCUCAAAAUUUGCAAAGUGCAAUGAGAGGCACAAUUCUGUAUUUUUUUUUGUAAAAGAGAAAGUAUCAGGUUUUUAUAUCACCUUCUGAAAUUACUUCACGCAAAUAUUUUGCAAUAUUACUGGUGUUUUUUUUAUAAGUGAUCUUUAUCCCAUCCCCGAAGAGAGAGAGAGAGCUUUUUUGAAAAGAAAAAAAAGAUUGAGAGAAAUAGAGCACAAUUUUCUUUUAGCAAAAAAAAACUCUUAAGAAAUAAAUCAGAUUAAAAUUGGUUUUAGGAAGCACAAUUUUUCAAAAUUCAUCCGCUGAUUUUAUUCAAUAUCUCUCAAAAAUCUUGCUAAAAUAAAUUUCCAUAAUUUAAAGAAAAAAAAUUUUAAAGAGUUCUCAAAGUGAAAAAAAUAAACGUGCUGAAAAAUCAUUUCUCCAAAAAAA